CUUUUGCUGGUUGACGAAGCUGCAAAUAUAGUAGUGUGGUCAUCGACAUCGAACCAGACGAGCUCGGCGAACACCGUGGUGCAGCUUCUGGAUUCGGGCAACUUAGUUGUUCAACGAGAAAAUGACGUCGAUCCGGAGAAUUAUCUGCGGCAAAGCUUUGACUAUCCGACAGACUUUUUUGCCCGGGAUGAAGGUCGGUUGGGAUGCUAAAGGUGGGCUUAACAGAUAAUUUGUGUCCGCGCAUGCAUAGAGCUAUUUUUUGCAUCUAAAUAGCUAUUUAGGUUUUGGAAGUGAGAGCUGAGAGCAAGAUUCUAUAAAGAUGACAACUCUGCAUAACAGGUACUUAACUUCGUGGAACAGAAUUGACGAUCCAUCCACCGGCGACUAUCAUUUCAAGAUGGACGUUGAUGGACUGCCGGAGUUUUUCUUGUGGGAUAAACAAGCAAUAAAUUACAGAAGCGGGCCCUGGAACGGAUUAAGGUUUAGCGGCGUUCCAGAGAUGAAUGCCACUUACAACAUCACUUUCACAUUAGUGUUAGAGAAAGACGAGGUUUCAUAUUCCUUUGGGCUAAAAGACAAGUCCCUGAAUUCCAGGGUGACUAUGAGUUCACUCGGUGUUUUACAGCGCUACACUUGGAUUGGAAGUAGCCAGAAUUCGAACCUCUACUGGUACUCACCAAAAGACCAAUGCGACAACUACAUGGAGUGCGGCGUUUAUGGUAUUUGUGACAUUAACGCUUCGCCGAUCUGUAAAUGCAUCCGAGGGUUCGAGCCCAAGGAUCUGCAGGCUUGGAAAAUGAGAAAUGGGUUUAGUGGGUGCGUUAGGACAUCGGAGCUAACCUGCCAUGGAGAUGGGUUUUGGCAGUUGAAGAACGUGAAGCCGCCGGAGACUUCGACGGUGGUUUUUAACAGGAGCAUGAGUCUGUCAGAGUGUCGGCAAGCUUGCCUGAGAAAUUGUUCGUGCACUGCCUACGCCAAUUCGGACAUUAGGGAAGGUGGCUGCGGGUGUGUGAUGUGGAGGGGUGUUCUUGAUAUGCGGCAGUUCACUGCCGGGGAAGGCGGCCAAGAUCCAUACGUCAGAGUUUUUGCCCCUGAUUUAAUUAGGUACGUUGAAUUGGUUUCCUUAAUUUCUUCACUUCCACAUUUCAUUGAGUUCCGUGGUAUAAAUUUUUUAUGUUUGUUGGAUACCACACUAUAUAAUAUAGGAAUUCGGUUGAGGAAGAAGUGCCAUUUGGGUUCCCCUUUUCUGAGAACACCAUGCCACAGAAUUGACAAUAAUUAUCUUCUUAUUCGUUUCAAUAAGAGGUAAAACUGGACAAGCCGUUAAGAUUGUCGGCAUUGCAGUUGGUGCUGGUGUUUUCAUACUAGCAUUAGGCAUAUGUUCUGUACGGCAGAUAAAGAUAAUACAAAAGACAGUGAGAGAAAAGAUUCAACACAGAGGUACCGAUGAACUCAAUACUAUAUAUCUCAUACUUAACUAAGCAAAAUUUGCGGCAUUCAAAUUUUCUCUCUCUCACAAUCAAAAUUUAGGUAGACAUAGGAGAAGUCAACAUAUCAUCGUGAACAGAAGAGUAUACUGUGAUAAGAGUGCAUUAGAUGAACUAGAGCUACCAUUGUUUGACUUCCCUACCAUAGCAAUGGCAACAGACAAUUUCUGCAAUGAAAAUAUGCUAGGGCAAGGUGGUUUCGGCGCUGUUUACAGAGUAAGUUAAAUCGCCAACACAGUAAAUAACAGCAGCAUAUAAGUCUACUUCAUUAUGUAGGAUUGGCAAUAUGAAUUCUAACUCUUUAGUUAUUUCUAUUCAUGAUCUUAUCUUCUUAAAGAUUCAUAUAACUUAUGCAUGUCUAACUGACAAAAAUG